AGCCUAGUGGAGACCCACCCCAUCGGAUUGUGGGAGGAUCGGAUGUCCCAGCAGGGCAAUAUGUUCCCUAUCAAGUAUCCCUCCAGUAUGAGACUCGCAAUGGGCAGAUGCAUUUCUGUGGAGGAUCUAUCAUUGCCCCAAAUCGCAUCCUUACCGCUGCCCACUGUUGUCAGGGCUUGAAUGUCAGUCGCAUGUCCGUGGUGGCCGGAAUACGAAGCCUGAAAGAUAAGGGAUCCCGCUCCAAGGUUCUCUCCUUCGACAUUCAUCCGGAUUACAAGGAACUGGUCACCAGCGACCUAGCUGUCCUCAAUAUAGAUCCUCCGCUUCAAUUUGACAACACAAGCAUCAGUGCCAUUGGCUUACAGUCAAAUUACGUGGGUGGAGGAGUUCCAGUGACCCUGACUGGAUGGGGUUUACGCCUCCCGGUACCUUUCCCCUUCCUGGACAGUCUCAACUACCCGAAUGUCCUGCAACGCAUGAGCUAUAACACGAUUACGAACGAUCAGUGCAGAAGAGCUGGCAUGGAUAGUGUCACGGACACAGAAGUCUGCGCCAGAGGACCCUUCAGAGGUGCUUGUUCGGGCGAUUCUGGUGGACCAUUGGUAAUGACAGAGGACGGAGGCCUAAAACAAGUAGGCAUAGUAUCCUAUGGCUUGGUUGUUUGUGGUCUCUUCAUAUCCCCGGAUGUCUACACCCGUGUGUCGACCUUUACUGAAUGGAUAGAGGGUCAUCUGGAUUCUUAGACCAA